AUGACUGGCAAACGUCAGCGUGCCGGCUCCUCCGCACCGCCAUCAGACGACGAAGGCGAAGGCGGAAGCGAUCGCGUACGUGCUGGCGCGAGCGCGAGUGCCACGCCGGCGCCACCCGGCGAGCCCUUUGCCGAGGAGGAUUGGUUCCUGCCCCUGGACCCCCCCUUCAAGCUGCCACCUCGCGACACGCGUGCUGCCGACGCCGGCGGCGGCGUCCGGAAGCGCGCGGGCCCCGGCGCGCCCCACCCGCCGGGCCCAAGGCACCCGCCGCCGCAGAAGCGCUGGCUGCGGCUGCGGCAGAUGCUGCAGGCGGAGGGCUAUGACGAGCUUCCCGCAAGCGCCCCCACGUACCCAAACCUGGAGGCGCCGCCGUCCACAUACCCCCCCAAGCGCUACUGCGAUCUGACCGGCCUCGAGGCCCCUUACUCUGACCCCAAGACUGGGCUGCGGUACGCGGGCGCGCAGCUGUUCGGCUACCUCCGGGCACUGCCGCCGGACGCGGUGCAGGCGCGGCUGGCGCUGAGGCGGGCGGAGGUCGUUCUGAAGUAG